UCAUCGCUGUCAGUAAACAUGGCGGCGUCCUGUAUGAGAACCGUGGGAUCGAUUUUAGGAAAAUGUAGGAAUUGCAGCUCGAGUAUGAACAGUCUCUCAUCACAAUUAAGCCGACAGGUGCUGAGCAGGCAGAUAUGUGUGGCCUCGGUCCUCCGCAGGAAGAACCUGAACCCGGGGCCCGAGAAGUUCAGUCUGGAGUUCAUCCAGAAGCAGGUGGAGGAGUACAACAACGGGAAGCGGCACCUGGCUAAUAUGAUGGGAGAGGACCCCGAGGACUUCACCCAGGAAGACGUAGAUAGGAGCAUCGCCUACCUCUUCCCCUCCGGCCUGUUUGAGAAGAAGGCCCGGCCCCUCAUGAAGCAUCCAGAGGAAAUCUUCCCCAGGCAGAAAGCUGUGCAGUGGGGGGAGGACGGACGGCCGUUCCACUUCCUGUUCUACACCGGCAAACAGGCCUACUACUCCCUGAUGCAUGACAUAUACGGCAAAUCCUGGAUGGUAGAGAAGCACCAAGAUCGACUGAGACAAAAAGGACUCUUCUCCAAUGAGGGCGAGCCCAUUGGACUCGGCACAAGCAGGUGGCUCACCAAGGAUGAACUGGAUAUAUUGCUAGGAGAGGGCAUGCGCACUGAGGAUUACGACCGCUUCCUCCAGCUGAUGGAGCGCCUGCUGUCCCUGCCGUACUGCGGCACAGAGAAGAGCUUCGUCCUGAGCUACCGGAGGGAGCUCGACGCCCAGUCCAGCAAACAAACGGUGCCCAUGAUUGAGCGAGACGAGAGGGGCGUGGCCUAUAGCACCUCGGAAGGGCGGAGGAAGACGUCGACUUCUUCUGUGGUUCUUCGAGACAGCGGCUCCGGACGCAUCGUGAUCAACGGGCGAGAUUACGUUCAUUAUUUCCCCGUUCAGCAGGACAGAGAGCAGCUGAUGUUCCCGCUUCAGUUCCUGGACGUGUUGGGACGCUUCGACCUGGAGUGCUCUGUGAGUGGGGGGGGGCGCUCCAGCCAGGCGGGGGCGCUGCGGCUCGCCGUGUCCCGCGCCCUGCUCGGCUUCCUGUCCGAGGGCCAGGUGGAGACCAUGAGGCAAGCUGGUCUGCUGACACCGGACCCCAGAGUAAAGGAGAGGAAGAAGCCCGGCCAGGAGGGAGCGCGAAGGAAAUUCACCUGGAAGAAACGCUGAGCAGGAGACUCCCCUUCCCUGAACUCUGAUAUACAACAUUCAGACUUGAUUCUGGUGUUACUGUUUCCAGAGAUAAACUCCUCGUCUGCUUCCCAGAGGCUGUAUCACUUCAGACGUUCAUUUGUGCUCUUACAAAGACUGCUGAAUGUCCCUCAGGGGGCUGUGUUUCAAUGUGCAGCUUUGACUCAUCCAGCUGCAGUGAGCCUCUUCAGACACCAGGUGGCAGUGUUUGUCAAGGAAUACAUGAAAAAGAUGGUGCUGUUUAUCAAUAAAUCAAACAAUAAAUAUGAUUUGUGUUCACAAGA